AAACUCCUGCGCAUGUUUUAGCCUGAUGCACAACCGAUCGUUGUUUUCAGUGCUGCAGUGAGGAAACAGCUGACCUACAUGUCCCGGGAAACUGGCUUGCUGUGAAACGAGUCUGCUAUGUUAAAACUGCAAGUUGCAGCAGGUUAUCUUCCUACUUAGAGAAAGACUUUACCAGAACUCUACUGACAGCUCAUUGUAAUCUCAACUCUUGGGCAGCUUUGUAACUUAUUGACAGCUAUGUACAGCGGCGGCUAUUCCCAGGUCAACAAGUUCAGUCCAGAGGCUCAGAAGAAGAUGCAGUACCGCUCGAAGGGCAAGAGUUGUGGCUACUAUAUGCGCAUCGUCUUCUUCUUCUCGUCUCUCAUCCAGUCUCUCAUCAUAGUCAGCCUUGUGCUGUUUCUGAUCUAUGGGAACACGCAGGUCUCUGCCUCUUCGACUCCCGACCAGGACCUGGAGAAGAGGUUCAGUCAAAUCUCCAUUGAAAACGUCGCCCUGCAGAAACUGAAGAAGAACCUCACCAACCUCCUGAACGCCACCCUCACUGAAAAGGCUAAGAACGACUAUGACCUGGCUCAGCUGAAGAGUUUAGUCAAUAGGUCCAUCGAUAUUUUCAAGUUCCAGACCAUGGACAUGAAACAUUGUGAAAUGGAGGUGAUGAAAUGCAGAAUGACAUGUAUGGCAACCCGCCCUAUGACUGUCCAGCCUCCUGGGGACUGUAACUGUGGGCUGCUGACUGAGCAAAUGAAAAUUAGACUUCAGUUUUUGGAUUCCAACUUUACUGCAACAAUGAGGUCAAUGAAUCUGGAAAGGGAGCAGAUAGCUAAAGAGAGGGACAACCAGCUCCUGGAAGCUAUCCUUCUCAGGAAAGAAAAAUCCAUUCUGGAAAAAGAGCUGGACAUCUUCAAGCAAAACUCUAAGAAAGAGUUUUCCCAGUUGCUGGCUCCUGUCUCCAACGUUUCUAAGGCUUUCCUGGAGAAGAUCGAAUCUCUGUUCCCUAGGCACAUCGCGUUCCAGCUCACCUGUGCAAAACAGAAGGAGCACCUGGAGCAGAUCCACACCAACUGCACCAGCCUGUCCCGUGACGUGGAGAACAAGCUGCAGCACUAUCUGAACGUGGUUGGAGAGCAGGUGUCAGACAUGCAGAUCGAGAAUACCCGUCUAAAGGCAGAGAACUGGAGGCUGUCUGAGGACUAUCGAGAACUCACCAAAAAUCGCACGGGCAUUAUGGAGCAGCACAAACGCAGCAGAGAAGAGCUUCAGCGCAAACACGAUCAGGAGAAGGAGAGACUGCUGAUGGACAAGAUGAAGCUGACUAACGAAAAUAAUCUCCAUCUUCAGAAACUGAAGUACAAAGACUUAGUUAUGGAUGACCUGAAAGGCAAAUUAAUGCAACUCAACACAACAUGCAUGGCCAGGAAUGCAUUUGGUGGUUACCUAGGAGGGGGCCCGGGCUCACCAUCGAGCAUACAGAACCUAUUCGGGACUGGCUUGUCAGACGGUGGUGGUUCCAGCUAUUCCCUUUCCAGUUCUUCCAGUUUAGGUCAAAGUAGAACAGGAACAGCUGGGUCAAGUUCAGGGCAGAGUAGUCCUGGGUCAGGACUCAAUAGGGCUGGAUCCACAGGAGCAGGCUCAGCAAGUUCAACCCUCUCAUCCUAUGGGUCAAGGUCAAGCCUCAGUAACACUGGGUCAACAUUUAAUCAGCCGGGAUCAGCUGGAACAGGCUCAAUAAGUUCAAUACUCCAGCAAUCCAGGUCAAACCCAGGCCUGAGCACUGGUUCAGGAAUUAAUAGACCCUCAGGCCCAGGAUUGUUUGGGUCAACUCUUGGCUCAAGCGGGACACAACCAGACAAACCAGCAGAGAGUGGGAGAAGCCUGCCAUCCUUUGGGUCGUCAGUUGGGCCUUUGGGAUCCAGACUAAACCAAGGUUCGGCUGGGACAGGUUUAAGCAAUCCAGCUUCAGGGGGGAAAAGCUCAGCAGGCUACGGGUUGGCAUCGUCAUCUGUGUCGAGUGGGUCUGGCAGCUCAGCAGGUAAAGUCAGCUGGCUUGAUUUUGGUCUUGGGAGCAGCAACUCAGGGCAAAGUAAAACAGAAAGUGUGCCAGGGAAACCACCUACUGGAAGUGGGAAUGUUGGAACCGGGUCUGUGUUUGGUGGAGGAAGAACAAGCGGACAGGCGGGUGGUUCAGUUGUUGCCAAGCACAUCCAGGACCUGCAACGCUUCAUCAACCCUCCUGCCCCACAGGAGAAGCAAGAUCUAUCCAGAAUGUUGGGUUAAACCAAUGGAAAUAUACAUGGAGAUGAAGUAAAUAUUUACAUGAGAAAGUUCGUGGAAGGAAUUUACCACAGGGAUUAUGCAGGUUUCUCAUUCUGAGCUCAUCUACAAUGACUAGCAAAAUGUUCUUUAAUAUUUCCCACAUUUUUAGUCAUGUAAUAAUCACAAACCUCUAUGUAUUUUAUAUUUUGUUGGGCCGUCAUGUGAUAGAGCAACACAAAGUUGAGAUUGUUUUGGAGCGGAAGGAAAAUGAUGCAUGGUUUUUAAUUUGUUCUCCAAAUAAAAAUCUGAAAACAUGAAUUCAUUUAGUAUUCAUCCCCUUUGGACCGAUGAACCAUCUUUCUCUGCCAUUACAGGCAUACCGGUCUUUUUGGGUUUAUCGCUGUCAGUUUCUUCACAUCUUGUCACUGAGAUUACCGGCAGCUCCUCUAAUUAAAACAGAUUCUGUAUGGUUGAACAUCUGUAGACACUGUGGUCUAAAUGGGCAAGGAAUGCUUAAUUUUUCUUUCUUUGCUUUUAGAGUUUAGGUGCUUGGGUGCAGUGGCAGACAAGUUAAACAAAAAUAUGUAGAUACUUUUUAUUUCUUUUUUUUUUUUUGCAUAUCUUCAACAUUAUAAUGAGAAACCUUUAAGUAAAGGGAUACAACCCUGUCAUUUCAACUAGCAUCCAGUCAAAGUCCUGAUUCGCUGUAUAAGAAAACAGCAACAAGCAGCUUCAUCAUGUAAAAGUUUCUCUGAUAUGAUGUUAUAUGCAAGCCGUCAUCCCAUUCUGCAGUCCAUUUACUAGUUAAAGUGCUUUUGAAAGCAAUUAAUUACAGUUAAUUUAAGGUCAUCCUAGUAAAGGAGGCAGAAUGCAUUGGACACCACAUUUCUCAGAUUUCUAUUUGUUAAUGAUUUCAUUUUAAAAACCAUGUAACAUUCCCCUUUAUUUCAUAUUUAUCCUCUAAUUUUUGUGGAUAUCUCGCAUAGAACUGUGUUGAAAACCUUAAGACAUAUGAACACUUUUGCAAGGCACUGUGUUGAAUAUAAAAACGUAGAAUGUACAAUACAUAGUUUCUCAGUUAUGUCUUUAAUAUGCAUCUACUGAAAUUUAUUUGAAAGCUGCUUAGCUCUUUCACUGUGAAAAUUGUGCCACACAUUAUAUUCAACAAAUCUUUGUACUUUUACUCGACAAAAUGUCAGUAUCCUGCACUCUUUUUCUGUUGUUUCCAAUUACAUUGUUAAAGAGACAAAACCAACCAAGUGUUGAACAUUAUUAAACUUCUGCUUCAGACCUCA